UGUUAUUGGUAUAAACCGGAUGGUUAUCAGGUUCCUGCGCGCGCACUCUAUAAAUCAUUUCAGACCAGACGACAGACCUUAUAGAAAAAUGGAGUAAUCCUUUUGCAUGGUGAAUCCCGCCCUUCGUGCUAAAACGGGGCGCGCGUAAGAAUAAACAGGAAGUGACAUCAUCACAAACAUGGCGUCUGCUAUUGCAGAAUCCUCCAAGGUUGUCUCACCCAUACGAAAAAGAACUGCGUCAGAAGAGGAGACGCUGCAGUCGUUACGGACAGAGUUUGACUUUCAGCAGAAGCAGAAGUUGUUGAAAGACAACAGGAGUAUCCUAGUGGACGAGGAGAGUUUUAUCGAGACCUUCCUUAAAUGUUUGAUCUGUCGGGAGCUGUACGACGACGUCGUCCAUCCGCCCAAACUCCUCCACUGCCACCACUCUCUCUGUCUUCAGUGCAUCCUUCUCAUUUUUCAGAAAGAGGCUGAAUACAGGACGAGCCUCACGCCUGCGUACAGUGAACUUCCGACUGCUGUGACGGUCAUCUGUCCCACGUGUCGUACGAACUUUAUCACGACCCAGGACGGUAUACGGGAACUCCCAACAGAUCACCGUAUCAUACAACUCAUAGACUUCGUCAGUCACACCGAACGUUAUACUACCGACUUCUGUCCGCUUCAUAAAUUUCAGCCAAUCAACUUCUUCUGUGAGCGUUGUACCACUUACGUGUGUCGAGACUGCACCAUUGUAGAUCACCAAGAAGCGUUAGGUCAUACCGUGGUAGACUUCGAAGGUGCAAUAAAGAAGUACAUUCCAAUUCUCGAUAAAGCCAUAAAAGAAAUGGAUUCAGAAAAAGACGCCAUUAAGACAAAGCAUAAGGCUGUCGAGGACGCCAUAGAGAAUCUAGACGAAGAGGAAAACAAAGUAUCGAACGAAAUCAAGGAAACCUUUGCCAAGCUGAAAAAGAUCCUAGAAGAGAGGGAGCAGGAAGUCCUACAGAUGGCGAAAAGGGAAGUCGGAAACGAGAAAAACAAACUAAAAGAGAAAUUGACUGAAAUGGAAAAACGGACUGAGGAGCUCGAUCAGAACAUAAACGAGAUAGAGAAGACGAAGGAGGACGGAAAGCUGGAGACUCUGUACCGAACGUCCCGGACCUACUCCGGCUACCGGUCCGAGCCCGUCGUCAAAGUCCGCGAGGUAGACGAAGGGGUGGUGGCCAAAUUCUCAUUCAACAGCAGAGACGAGAACACGCUGGCCAACAAACUCCAGAACUUCGGCGACGUGUCCUCUUACACCGAGUCUGUGUACACCAGGUCUACUUCCGGUAGGCCGGCGCUGAGCGAAGACCGCUAUGGCGGCUCCAGGUACAGCACGCUGAGUGAUAGCAGGUACUCGUCUUCAACGUCAUCAUCGUCUUACUCAUCGCGUUACUCAUCGCCCUACAACAGGUACUCCUACCGGACGUGACGUCAGCAAAUGUCAUUGCAUGGGAGAACAUUUCAAGUUGCAUUUAACUUUCAUUUUUUAACAUAGCUGAUAUGAUUUAUAAUGUAUAUUUUCUAUACAUUGGUUUUUGUUAAUUUUUACAUUGAUUGUGUAAGCCAUGAUUAUAGAGGCCCUGGGAUUUGAUAAUUAUUAUAUUUGUUUCUGAGAAAUUUUUAUAUAAUACUUUGCCUUUUAAUGUUUUAUGUGCCACAGUCUUACUAUGCCAAUAUAUACCAUUAUUUUGAAUAUUCUUUAUUAAUAGCUUGAUAUUAAAGCAUAAUAUGUAUGAUAAUAAACACUAAAACAUU